GUUUUGUUGAGUGUGUGGUGUGUGUGUGUGUGUGAGAGUGAGUGAGUGAGUGAGUGAAUGUGAGAAAACGUGCUUGUAGGGCAGUCUAGCAUUUUAGCUAGUUUGCUAGUCUGAAUGAAGUGUUAUAAAAGCUCACAUAUUUAGUACUAUUUAUAUUUGUAUGUUGUCAUCGCGUGCAAAAAAACGGAGAAGGGUGCAGACACACGGUUCGACAACAACGGCAGCUUGUUGCAAAUAGUUGCAGAAUGUCCGUAAGCAGUCAGAAGAGCACCAGUCGGGCAAUCCCGGCCACCAGAAGGGUGACAGUCAACGAUGCGGCCCAUUUGCCCCACGAUUACUCUACAACGCCCGGAGGGACCUUGUUCAGCACGACCCCCGGAGGCACCCGAAUCAUCUAUGACCGAAAAUUCCUGCUGGACUGUCGCAGCUCCCCAUUGGCUCGCACUCCCCCCUGCUGCCUCCCUGACAUUCCAGGGGUGACCAGCCCUCCAGCAGCUACAGUCAAUAAUGAAAAGGCACAUGCCCAAGAGCCUGUCAACAACGUCAGUCCUCCUGUGGACAAGGGUGCAGGGGAGGACGCCCAGUUUGAAAUGGACAUCUAGCCACAAGGAGAGUCCAUUACACAAAGGAGGUGAUGGCUAAGACGUAUAUUACUGUGAUGAUGACUGUGUCCUAAAAAGAUGAGUGAAAUAGAAGAUUACUCCAUCCACAUCAUCUACACUCUUCAAUUAUCUGCUGUUUUUUUUUUUUCUUUUUCCUUUUUUCUGUAAUGAUGCUGUCAUUUAAGACACGCACAAGCCAUUACCUUUGAGUCUGAAGGUCAUCUCACACUGCUGUGCCUAAAAGAGUCACUAGGGUUGUCAGGUACUGCCACCCAAGCCCACUGCUGCAGGUGGUCCUGUCUAGUUAUGUCUCUGUUUAAGAUUCUGCUCAUCUUGUAGGCCAAGUGAAUUUUGACACAGCUUGUGUAAUUUUCUGAGUGACCACUGGGGGGACCAGUGGUUUGUUUGAAAUAACCUUUUUAUGUCAUGUGCCACCCAGAACCUUCUUACCACAUCUGAAAGAUUUAGCAUAAGAUAACAAAGGAUAAUUUGACCACUCUUUUCUCUUGGCAGCGUUACCUUUUGUAAUGAUAAAAAUCGAAGAAAUUUCAGUUUCUUUUGAAAAGUAUUUUCACCUAAAGUGUCAUUCAACUGAAUGUAAAUGCCUUUUUUAUUUUGUUUAUGCAGUGUAGUUCUCUUCAGUUAAAGAGGAAUAUAUUGUGCUCUAUUGUUCCUUAAGAGACAUUCAAACAUAUGAAAAAUGCUGCAAAUGAGCAAUUAAAAAAACAUUUGAAUUCA